UGUCAGCUGUGCCGGCGCUCGGGUGGUGGCCCGCGGGAGGAGGGCACCACACAGUGCCCCACUGCAGUGCCGAGGGUGAAGGCACACAGCCCAUCCUGUAUGGCCACCCCACUGCGUCCUGCUGUUCGCGCCGGCCUGGGCACCGUGCCCAGGGCACGGUGGAGCAGGGGCUGGCUCUGUGCCCCAGCCGUAGGACCACUCUCAUCCCCGCAGGGCUGCUCUGGUUCCCAUGGGGCUGCCCUGUUCUCCGCUCGGGCUCGAACGAAGCUUCGCGGUGGUGCCGGCGUGCCGAGCCCGUCCGCGGCUCGGUGCGGGAGCAGGAGCGGGAGGCCCCACCCCGGGGCGGUCACCGACGCCGCGCUAGGACCCGGGUGUCCGGGAUCGGAGCAGGAAGAGGGAGCCGGCGGCGGUGGCGGGGCCUGGGGAGCCGGGAGCGGGGCCCUGGGGAGCGGACGGCGUGGGGCCGGGGUGCCUGGCGGCCCCGGCCCCGCCAUGCAGCUGCUGGGGCAGCUCCUGCUGGGGCUGGGGCUGGUGGCGGGUGGACGUGCAGCUCCCCACGACACCCUGGCCUGCUCUCAGGGCCUCACCUGUCGUCUCCUGGACACCGACGUACUGUGUGGCAUGGUGCCCCCCGGACCCACCCACGGCCUGGCCCUAUCUCAGCUGCAGCUGGAGCCGGCGCUGCGCUGCAGCAGGUCCGCGGGCUGCUCGCCCUGCCUGGAGGCACGCUUGCGCCUGGCACUGCCGGCUGGCAUCAGCGCCGGUGAGCCCUACCUCCCGGUGCCAUCCAGCAUCCCUAGAGCAGAGGAUGGUGGUGAAGCAGGACAGUGGUCUCCAGUGGGUAGGGCCACCUCGUAUCAGCCUAACAUCACGGGGCUGCUGCUGCUCUUCGGGCACUCAUACACCUCCUCCCGCUGCGUGGUCGUGGAGGUACAGGCGACCCCGACUCCUGCACUGCCUGGACAACCCCUGGGCUGGGUGACCUUCCAGUGCUUUGAGGCACCACUGGGCUCGGAGCUCCACGUGAUAGCAUACUCCAACUCACACCAGAGGCUGAGCCAGCGUCAGCGGGUGCCAGACUGCUCGUGGCCCAUUGCACAGGAUGCCGUCCCUCAGUGCCAAGUCCCAAGGCUGCAGGUCUCCUCAGGGCCAAAGGAGGUGGUUGUGAUGGUGCAGGGGACCACAGCAGGACACCGCUACACUCUCCGGCUCUACUACAACCAGAGCCGUGGCACCAGUGAGACAGGUCAUGCAGUGACCGCAAGCAAUCCCAUGAACUACAGCGUGCCGGCCAGCAAGGUGCUGCCCUGCCUCUGCCUGCAGGUCUGGCCAGAGACCCAGGACCCACUGCGGACCACCCUGUGCCCAUUUUCCCAUGAUGCUGAGGCCUGGGAGCGUCUAUGGGCACGCAGCCAGCUGGUCCUGCACACCACUGGGCAGGCGCUGAGCUGUUCCCUCUUGUCCCCCUGCGAUCUCUCAGCUGAGCUGGUGCCCUGCUGGCAGCCAGUGUCUUCUGAGUCCUGUCAGGCCCUGCCUGGCCUGCAGCAGCCUGCUGUUGGGCAGGAACCUCAGGAGUUUGGAGGGCUGCGGCCGCACCCCAACCUCUGCAUACAGGCGUGGAGUGGCGGGCAAGUCCAGCUGACCCAGUGCCUGCGGGACCGAGCACUGCCCGGCCACCCUGAUGACGUGCUGCUGCUGGAGCAUGGUGGGAACACCAGUGCCUCACUGUGUGCCCUGGAGCAAGGUGCCUGUACCCUCCUCUCCAGCUUCGCCAGCAUGGGAGUGGGGCAUCCUGGACUGCUGGAGCAGGAGCUGCAGCGGGACGUGGCAGAGGGGCAGUGCAGGCAGAUCUGGCACUCCGAGAACAGCACCACUGUCAGGCUGUGGGCCUGUCCACUGCACAAGUACCUGCGCACUCGCUGGGCACUGGCAUGGAUGGGAGUGUUGCUGGGGGCCGCCAGCCUUCUGCUUCUGUUCCUGUUGAAGAAGGAGGAUGUGAAAGGCUGGCUGAAGUCCCUGAGGGCUGGCUACAGCUCUGAGGGCCCGCUGCGAGGCAGGCGGUUGCUGCUGCUGCAUGCUGCGGAGCCAGUGGCAGAGCGGGCAGUGUGCGCCUUGAUGGCAGCUCUGCACCCGCUGGGGCUGACGGUGGCAGCAGCACCAGGAGGUGGCAGCGGGGUAGCAGCGCUGGGGCCGCUACCUUGGCUGCAUGCCCAACACCAGCGAGCACUGCGUGAUGAUGACACCAUUGUCUUCCUGCUCUCCCCGGCGGCUGUGGCUGCUGCAUAUCGGUGGGAUGCUGAGGCCAGGACUAUGUCAGGGACUGGGGAUGCCGAAAGUGUCCCCAGCCUCUGGCACGGCGCUGGCCUCAAUGAUGUCUCCACUGUAGCACCGUGUGAGGCAUUUGCAGCAGCUCUGUCCUGCGCCAUGCCGGCACUGGCAUCAGGCAAUGGACGCUAUGUGGUGGUCCGGCUGGAGACUUUGGUGCCGGUGGUGCCAUUGGCACUGCAGGCAGCCCCUACCUUUGCCUUGCCCAGCGAGAUGGGGGCGUUCCUGUGGGCACUGGCAGGACCAGGUCAACGGCAGGGCCGGCAGCUGGAGCCCUACGUGGCUGCGGUGGCUAAGGGGCUGCAGCAGGCCUUGGGGGAAUAAAGCACUGAUGGUGACUUUGCCAA